AUGCCCUCGCAAUUAGAAGAACUAGUUUCCUUUCUGCACUCCCCACAACCUGCUGUGAAACAGAUUGCCCUGGACAAUUUGGUAGGCUUUUCGACUGGGCCUCAUGCCGGUAUAUUCAAAAAUGAGAACUACAGGCCUAUUCAGGAUUUGAAGGAACUAGCUAAAAAUAAUUCGAAGACAAUUGUUCAGCAGUCCGUCACGAUUCUGGCCAAUCUUUGCGAUGAUCCUGUCAUGCGGAUGAAAAUUGUCACGGAUAUCGACUUCUUGAGCUAUCUGGCAUGGAAGAUAUGCGACCUGGGUAACUCAUCUGCCGACAUUAUGUGCAUUUUGCUCAGCAACCUAGCUAAAGAUGAGGGGAUCACCAAUAUCUUCGGUAUUAACGGGGUCCACGAUAGUGUCAGCUUAGAUGAAAAGGUGUUCAUGAGUAAAAAUGUGAUCGAUUGCCUGAUGGACUGUUUUGUCAAAGGGUAUGACAGGAAGCUGAACCAGUAUGCAAACUUUGACUACUUGUCUUUCUUCUUUGCUGAUAUCUCUCGUUUCAGGAAAGGAAGGAACUAUUUUGUGGAAGAGCAGCAGUAUGAUGGAGUUGUUCCAAUUUCAAAAUUACUUGUAUUUACCGAGAAAUAUGACAACAAAACUAGAAGACUCGGAGUUGCGUCAACGAUCAAGAACUCCCUAUUCGACUCUCUUCAUCACGAAAAAAUGCUAAAGGAUGAAAAGAUAAAUCUUCUACCAUAUAUUUUGUUACCUAUUGCCACAUCGCGCGACUCGGAGCUCGACGAGGAAGACCUGUUUAAUCUGCCGGAUGAGCUUCAGUUCUUGCCCGAGGAUAAACAAAGAGACCCCGUUCCUGAAAUCAUCUGUGUGCAUCUAGAAAGCUUGUUAUUGCUCUGUACUACAGCGAACGGUAGAGAGUACCUCAGAUCGAAAUCGGUAUACCCUCUAAUUAGAGAACUACACAAGAACGUUGAGAACGAAGAAAUUGGGGAGCUAUGCCAUAGGAUUGUUAAUAUGUUAAUGAGAGGAGAACCGGAGAAUGAGAAGGUGGAGGAGAUCGUGUCAAAGUCUGCAGAAGAUGAGUCAGAAGAAUCUGAUGACGAAGCCAUUGUUGAAGUCCUCUAA